AUGACCAACAAUCAGGGUUCCAUCGCCAAUGAUGUCAAUCUGGGCAAUCCCAUUUCUGACAGUAUCUCAGAACUGAGCUGGUCGCCCGUCGCAAACCAUCUGGCAGUGUCGUCAUGGGACCAGGUGGUGCGCAUCUACGACGUUUCGCAGUCGGUGAAGGGAGAAGAGAAAGCAAUGUUCAACUUCCCAGCGCCUGUUCUGAGCUGCGCCUUUUCGCCUGAAGGUACCAAGGUGUUGGGGGGAGCCGCCGACGGAUCAGCGCGACUGAUGGACCUGGCGGCAGGGAAAGAGGCGCAGCAGGUCGCAGCCCAUGAUGCUCCCGUUCGCUGUGUCCGCUUCUUCGGGAAUCCAGGCAUGCGCGACCCCAUCGUGGUGACCGGGUCGUGGGAUCGAACGGUCAAGUAUUGGGACCUGCGCCAGGAUCGACCCUUGGCGACCCUCCAGUGCCAGGAGCGAGUCUACGCAAUGGAUCUCUGUCAGAACCUUCUCGUCGUUGCAACUGCCGAACGUCAUGUGCAUAUCGUGCAGCUUAGCAACCCAGGCCAGAUCUACAAAACGGUGACCAGUCCCCUGAAGCAUCAAACUCGUACCGUCACUUGCAUCCCAGAUGCGUCGGGGUUUGCGAUCGGGAGCACCGAGGGUCGCGCCGGGUUUCACUACGUGGACGAGAGCAAGUCCAGUCAAAAUUUCACUUUCCGCUGCCAUCGCGACAUGUCUGCUGGUAAAACCGCGCAGAAUGUGUACGCGGUGAACGACAUCUCCUUUCAUCCCAAGCACUACACUUUCAGCACCGCCGGUGCGGAUGGCACCUUCGCUUUCUGGGACAAGGACGCGCACCACCGUCUGAAAACAUUCCCCAGCGUCGGGGCCCCCAUCACCUCGACGGGCUUCAACCAUGACGGCAGUAUCUUCGCCUACGCCGUGAGCUACGAUUGGAGCAAGGGCUUCCGCUACAACACCACUGAACAUCCCACGCGCGUGGUCUUCCACCCCGUCGACGACGCCGAAUGCAGGCCCAAGAACCCUGUGAAACGAUAA